GCACAGCUGAGAGUCGAAAGAGGUCAAAACACUGAGAGGACGGGGAGCGACUGCGAUUUGUUUGCUUUGUGUGGCUUUGUUUGGCAGUAGAUGUUGUAAAAACGUUCCUUAUCGGGAGGUGGCGUGUUGAGGCCUUUGUUAUCGUAAAUGGGAGUGGGUUGGUGAUCUCCAAGGUUGUAUUCACAGUCCAGAAUUAUCCCACGCGCUGGUAGCCAUUCUGGCCUCUAGUGGGGAAUCGAGCGACGGUGGUUUUUCGCCCCCACCGCGAAAGAAGACCAGGCUCGUUAGUAUGCAGCAGGCUACGAAUGGAAGUUCGAAGAAUGCUGCACAUGGCGAUGGAGCCACCUCUGCCCUCAAUGGGGCAUCCACCAAUGGGCAAAGCUCAUCUGGAAGGCCUCCAAAAAUUUCCAAAAGAGAUGGUGACGUAAUCCGCUUGGUAGGCCAAUACCUUCAAGAUCUUGGAUUAACUAAGAGUGUGGAUCAGCUGAUGGAGGAGUCCGGUCUCUGCCUGAACCACCCAGCAGCAGCUAGGUUCCACCAGCACAUCCUGUCAGGAGAGUGGGUCAAGGCUGAAGCGGAUCUUCUGGAGCUGAAGAACCUGCUGGAUGAUCCGGACGAUGUCGUUAAGAUGCGGUUCCUGCUGCUGGAGCAAAAGUACCUGGAGCUGCUGGAGGACGGCAGGGCCAUCGAUGCGCUGGAGGUGCUCCGUCAUCAGCUCACGCCGCUCAAACACAACGUGCAGCGCGUCCAUCAGCUCAGCAGUUACAUAAUGUGCAGCACGUCUGAGGACCUGCGCGAACAGUCGGGCUGGCCGGGCGCCAGUGCCGAGUCGCGCGGUCUGCUGAUGUCCCGUCUGCAGCAGUUUCUGCCGCCGUCGGUGAUGGUGCCCGGUAACCGCCUGGAGACGCUGCUGGAACAGUCUGCCGAGCUGCAGCGCAGUCGGUGUCCGUUCCACAACACCGCCGCAGACACGGCUGAUCAUGGUCUGCUGGUCGACCACGUUUGCUCCAGGGAGCAGUUUCCCACGGAGACGGUGCAGAUUCUCCAGGAGCACAACGACGAGGUGUGGUUCUGUAAAUUUUCACCGGACGGCCGGCUGCUGGCGUCCGGCUCCAAGGACAGCACCAUCAUAGUGUGGGAUGUCAACAUGGACACGUACACGCUGAAGCCGCGCCACACGCUGCUGGGUCACAUGGACGGUCCUCACGGGUACGCGCUCUGCUACCUGGCCUGGUCGCCCGACUCACGCUACCUUCUGGCCGCGCACGAGUCGCCUGAGGUUCGGAUCUGGGACGCUAUCCACGGCACCUUGGAGAAGAGCGUCAACCACUCCAGCAACGACGCCAUCAUGUGCGGCGCCUGGCACCCGGACGGCACCAAGUUCGUCUGUGGUGGCACACACGGCCAGUUCUAUCUCUCAGACAUCCGCGGCACCCAGCACGACCGGUGGGAGGGCGUGCGGGUGCGCUCACUCUGGUUCCAGAACGACGGUCACAUGAUUCUGGCGGCCGACACACAUAACCGCGUCUGUGGCUUCUACUCGGACGAUCCGAAACCUUACGAAAUCCUCACGGAGAGCGGCGACGUGAUAUCCAUGUGCAUCAACGACGAGGGUAACAUGGCUGUGCUGAACGUGGCGAACAAGGGCGUCCACCUCUGGGACCUGCAGGAUAAGGUGCUGGUUCGGAAGUUCCAGGGCCUGACGCAGGGCACGUUCAACGUGUACAGCUGCUUCGGCGGCAUCAAUCAGGAGUUUGUGGCCUCGGGUAGUGAAGAGUGUAACGUGUAUAUCUGGAACACGCGCCGCGAGAAGCCGGUAGCCGUGCUGCAGGGCCACACCAACACGGUCAGCUGCGUCAGCUGGAACCCGCAGUGUCCCAGCAUGCUGGUCUCCUGCAGUGACGACUGCACCGUGCGCGUCUGGGCUCCCGCCGCCCAGUACAGGAGCUCAUCGUCCGGCCGGCCGGCGGGCGGCAGCGGGGCUUCCGAUCUCUCGAGUAACGGCUCGGCACCAUCGUAGAAGUAAGCUCAGCGGCGGCGGUGAGCGGUGGGACGCUGGUGCCUUGACGGCCACUCUCCGCUCGCUGGGUGGACACGCGCGCCCUGACAGUGGUCUCAGAAGGCACGGCACGGUGGCCAGGGUGCGUCCAAUGCGGCCGGCGGGACACGGAAGGUACGAAGGAUGGCGGUGGAGUGGCGGCGCAGGGAGUGGAAAGGCAGGAGGUGGAGACUGGUGGAAUGAUGGGGGUGUGAAGGCGGAAAAGGAGAAUGAGAAGCGGAGGGUGAGCCAGAUAGGAGGAGGAGGAGCGAGGAGUGAGGGAGAAGGUGGUGAGGCGAUAUUGAAGAGAGUGAGAUUAGGAGGGAAGGAAGAGAGGAGGAGGGAUUCGAAAUGGGGAGAAUUGCGAGGCGCCAAUUUGAGAUGGAGAUGUCUAUAGGCAGCGGUGAAUGGAUGGUCAGAUGCAUUGAUAUGGGAAUCUGCGAAUGAUAAGCAUUAUGAGAUAACAAUCUUAUUUACCGGCACGUGUCCCCUUGGGCGGAGGUGUGGGUGGGAGCGAGACAAUAUCUGGGUGGCCCAAUUAUGUUCUCAGUCUCAGAAAGGGCCGCCGCUGUUGGAAGAAAGGAUAAGGGAUGAGCUCGCCAUUGCUUGAACCUGGGAGGGCCGGGAUAGGCGGCUUUAGAAUGUAAAAGUGUACAGGAGUCAGGCUGGUAUACCUAAGAACCGUAAGGGACGGGAUGCGGCUAGGGUGGGCCUGUGAGGAGGAAGAGAAGAUGAAGCGAGAAGGGAGUACGAUCAGGAGACGGAAGAUGAGCGGAGGUAGGAGGGAGCUCGUUAUGGAGAGGACAGAGAGUUGGAGGCCGGAGGGGAGCGGACGGACAUCCAGCCACCCUGCAGCUGCCGCCCCGACCCGGCCGGUUACUGCCCUCCGGCCGGCCGAGCCGCCCUGUUUUGCACUUUUGUAUCGCGGCGGCCGAGGCCUUGUGUUGUGUCCUGGUAUGCUUUAGUAUGUAUUUGGUGACGCAGAAACUAUCAACUAUCAUGGGCUCGUGGCCGGCUCAGAAUGGGGGUUUGUGUGUGUGCGUGUGUGGCCUUGAUUUCUCUAGCGGUAGACUAGAGAGGAGGAUGGAUUUAUUUGUCUAAGUUUAUCGCGGAGUGUCGCCUUGUGCUGCUAUGAAAGAUUCGGCGUGGACCAUUAGAAGGCCCAGCGGUAUGAAAUACGUUUCUAUAUAACUACACCACAGUUUGUUGCUGCGUCAUUUGCUCAGAGGAGUGAUACCUUCGGAACCGCGUUGCUUUAUUACGUACCCACAGUCAGUGUUUUAACGCAGCGCUCCUGCGGCAUAUAUCAGAAACUCACCCCGUCCCCCGCUGUUCGCCUGUGCUGGUCUGUCCCGCUGGGUGUGCUGUGUCUAACUGCCACGGUCGAAGUGCAGAGAGAGGCCUGGUGUGCCGAGGAGCGAUAUCCGGGCGGUCCCGCCGCGGUAUGGGUCCUCUGACUCGUGUGACUCACCCCUUACGUCCUCUCGAAGUCACCGAACCGAUUUGGGCCGUCCCCUGGCUUCCCCACCGCGUCUGGUCUGUAUAUAACCACCUCGAUACACCACGGAGUUCGACGGGAAGAGACCGGAGACUGGACGGUCCCGCCGGCCGCUGGGUCCAGGCCACGUCUCGGUCACGUCUCGGCCACGUCCAGGCCACGUCUCGGGCGGUGUCCCUCGGACGUGUGGGGUCAGAACCGACCGCGAUCGGCCGGCCGCCGGUGGUCCGCCGGGCUUUAAUCAUUAGAGAAGGCUCUUUUAGCGGGGAGUCGCAGCCAUGCCGGUCCGGUGGUCGCGCUUGCCGAACGGUGUCGAUGAUUGCGUGCGCCAUGUGUAUGUACAGGCCCGCGCCGGUUCAGCCACGGCUAUACAACAUCGAGCGACGCGCAGCGGUGGGUUAAGGGUGCUCUCUCACGCGAACCAUGGGUGUUAUCUAUGACGUUUCUCUAUCAGCGGCCGUAUCUGUGUCUCGGCGAAUGUCCGAAAUCGGCCUCUCAUCAGUAUUGGUAGCACAGGCAGCAUUCUCAGCUUCCACACGCCAUUUUCACGUGGAGGUGUUGUUGUUCACCGCCUCACGAGUUUUGACUUCUGUCUGUCUCUCUGUAUUUUGCGAGUGUGAACACCCAUGUUUCCUGAGAAGCACUGCGACGGACGGCGGGUGGCCAGGGCUAGAGCGUCUUAUCCAUGUGUUCUCAACCAUAUUGUGUAUAAUAAACUGUCCUUUU